AUGGUUUCGAGUGGCGACAAGGAAUGGAAGUCUAAAUUGGAGUUCCCCAUCAAUUAUGAUUCUGGCCAAAGUUCAGAUGAUGAGAACUCCAAGGAUGUAGUGAUGCGCCAUCCCCGAUCCUCGCACUUCCUCCUGGAGGAAUGUGGGGAUGGGUCCGAAGCUGAUCUCUUAGGGAGCACGCCUCCGCGGUCCAGGAUUCGAGAUAAGGAGAAGAGGAGAAACAUGAUAGAUUCGAGUCUGUGCUACCACAACAUGCCAGACGGGAAGUCGGUUGACAGUUUCCCUGCAACUCAGCCGACACCACCAGAGCGUUUAAAGAAACGGGCCAGUAUGAAAUUCAUACGCGCCAAAGAGAGGGACUGGAAGCAAGACUUUGGGCAGAUGGAGACGAAGGCAGAUUCCCUGCCUUCUCCCUCUGUUAUGGCUGCCGUUCCUACUUUGGUGGAAUCGUGCAGUCGUUUCAUGUCCCUCGUAUCUCGGCCGAAGUGUCGGCAACCGGAAGAGGAAAUAAGGUGUUGUGAUGAUGAAGUGCCCGCGAGUCGCAUCAAUUUCCACGACACUUUCAGUAUGCUCAUUAAUAUGGGGAAUAUGGAGAAAGGAUGCCGGAGAACUAUAAGUCGUGAAGAGCAAGUAUGGCAGAAUGAGUUAAAGGACCUCAUAUGGCUGGAGUUGCAGGCCAAGCUCUCUGGACGGACCCUUGAGCAGCAGGAUGAUUUCCUUUGCACUCAGAGAAACGUUAUACCUAAUAUUGUACAACGGAUUUUGGACUAUAAAUUUGUUAGUUCAAAACCAGUUUGUAGAUCCGGCACGAGAUUGCAGCCGACCCAAGAGUGCUCCAAUGAAGAUCUGUCUUUAGAUUGUUGCAACGAUGGAACCAAUCAUGAUGAUAUACAAAUCCAACUGGGCUGCCUCAGUAUAGACUGCACGUUAUGCUCGGACGUGAUAGGAGAAGCGAUGCGUGAAGUUGGUGGUAUUUUGGACGCAUUUGACAAUGCUGUUGCGUUAUAUCCCUCGUCUACAGCUGCCAAGCACGAUCACCCGGCUCUUGCGUCAUCUGAACUUAAUGAUAGAAUUAGGGCAAUGUGUCUUUGGUACAACACGGCCCUUCACAUGCGGCUAAAGUUGUUAUCGGUACGUCGUUUGUUACGUAUUGUACGCGCACGGAAUCGUCGAAGAGAAAUGCAACACAAACCGUCAGUUGAUUCUACUAGUAGCAGAUCUUCAAAUGCCCACUCGAGCCAAGUGCGAUUCAAUAUAACCACUCCGAGUGGUUCUAAUAGCAGCGCAUCGAGCGGACAGUCGCAUGAUGAUAAAAAGUCCGGCUCGGAGGACCAAGAGAAAGUGCAAAAACCUUUGGAUAACGAAUCUCUUAAGCAGGAAGAUGGUACAGUAGACAGCGGAUAUAGUAGAUCUGAUCGAACAGGUGACGCAACUCCCGAGAUUGUAUUGGAUACGUACAGCACGAACGAUUCUGAAGAUUACGCUUCCGUCGAACAAGAGUGUUUACGCGGAGAUGCCUUCUACAUUGGGCCGUUGGAUGAUUUAACACAAAUGAGGCUGCUGGACCGACAGCAGGUCUCUGUUUAUCGCGACUAUCAUUACGACAUGCUUAAAACGGCGGGAGUCCGACGUUGUAUGAUGUUUAUGAACAAGAUCUGGAGUAGUAUACUGCACAAGGUCUACCACGUGUUGCAGGAACCACAGCAAAUAGACGCGUCCAUGGAAGAUGAAGCAGAUAUCGACUCGACCAAAGAUGACAAAGAGACAAAUGCAAAAAAUAUAUAUGUAUUAAAAAGGUAUGGUUGCUGGAGCCCCGAGAGCAUUUCAAUGCAGCUACCUUCCUUCCGAAACCACUUUCUGCUGCUGAACUGCAUCUGUAUGGAGGCCCUGCACGACUACCUCGCCCUGCGGGUUGACUCGCGUCCCGAUCAACCGUCAUGUCUUACUAUCAAACAGUUAAUCCACGAGUUAAAAGAAGGUUUAGAUAUAGCGGCCGAAACGCGCGCCUCCUUCGCACGGAACGUGGAAGCCGCGUUACGGGGUUGGUCCAUAGCGCCCACCACGAGGCAGGAUCUCCUCAUGGUGCUUAAGACGUACGACGCCACCGUGGAUACUUGCACGCAGUUAUACCUAUCAUAUCUCCGUACAAUGUCGCUUCAAGAGUCACUGAGUCGCGCUGCGCUUUCCGCCGAAUGGGCCUUCGCCAUCCGAUUGGCUGCGCGUGCGCCGCCUGCGAGGAAACUAGCGCCACCUGCUUUCGCGGAUAUCGCGUGUAACCAGUUGGAUAGGAUUUUAAAACAGUACCAGGAGAAAUUCGAUAAAUUAAAGGAACUUGAGCUCAAUGAAAGUGCCGAAGGUGACGCUCAGAGGUACGUCGUAUACCUGAUGUGUCGCGAGGCCCAAACGAUCUAUACGGGAUCUCGAGAAAGCGCACUUCAGGCCGCGCAAUGGGCGCGCGCACUCGCAAACAGACUGCCUCCGCAUCACGCACGAUAUAAGGCGCAAAUAUUUAACAGCCUAAUGGCCCUACGCAAUUGUCUAGUGGAACAAACUAAACAUAUACUAGAGCGUAGUCGACUUCCCGCGAGUGAUCCCAACCUUUCGACCGAAUCAUGGGAGUCUCUCAAUGCAAGAGUACGAGAAUUGCUGCUUCAAAUCUACAAAUUGGGAUUCGAGUUGCACAUGGAAAUGCACAAGUUCGCUCAAGCGCCAUUCAAACUUCAGCGCGAAAUGCGCGCGCGGCGACUUCGACCGUCUUCCUUGCAGCCUUCAAGAGUGAUAGAUCCAGUACUGAGACGCAAACGUCCCGAGACAGUUCUCAUUCACGAAUCUUUCAAUCCUAUGCUGCACAAAGAGUUGCAUAGGUUUGUGAGCGACGCGCCGUCUUGUCGUCCGAUCGGACGUCCGGCUGGUCCUACGCGUCGAGUCCGGCUCAUGAGGUCUGAAAGUAUCGGUGAAGAGGGGGAAGGAAGCGUUUUGGAAGAUAUAUGCUUGAAGGAUAAUAUCGUCCAAGGCAAUAUAGAAACGCUCCUCUCGGGUUCUGAAACUCCCAGAACAACGGAUCGAAUGGAGCGAUGUGAAGAGCCCACAGCGGAGGAAGCGGACUGGGCGAAGCAGAUAGCGCGCGCUGUCAUCGAAUUCGCCAGGUGCUGGAUGUUGUUCGUCGUUGAGAGAUGCGAUCGCGGAAGAGGGUUGAGGCCUAGAUGGGCGAGUCAAGGUUUAGAGUUCCUAAUGCUUGCUUGUGAUCCUUAUAACACGAAGCAUUUGACUGAAGAAGAGUUUGAGGAUCUGAAGCAACUGAUGGAUGGGUGCAUAUCCCACGUGAUCGGUUCCCGACCAACGACAUUUCCUUCGUUAUCGCCGACGCCACCUCACAGGCAUAGACUGAGAUUACAUAGUCCCAUACCAAAUUCUAGUCACAAUAACAAAGAGGCCCAAUCCCCACCCAGCGAACAGGACACGUCACCACCUGUCUUCACUACUCCCGAAACGCCAGCUUUCAGCAAAAGAGUCCGAAACGCAGUUCAACAUUUGGACGAGGCUCGGGAUGAGAAGCUCCGGGAAGAUAAACGCGUCGGACGCGUUUUAGGAGCGGCUGUCCAGUGCUACGAGCCCAAAUUACGACAGCUCAAAUUCAAAUGGCAGAGGGGUUUGAAAAUCGGUGCUGGCACUUUUGGAAAGGUAUACACAGUAGUAAACACAGAGAGCGGUCAGGUGUUAGCGAUGAAGGAGCUAAGUAUAGGCGCAGGAGACAGACGCGCGUUGCAACGAGCAGCGAACGAACUGCGCGUACUUGAGGGCGUUGUACAUCCGCACCUUGUCAGAUAUUAUGGCUGUGAAUUACAUCGGGAAGAAAUGCUGUUAUUCAUGGAACUCUGCGUGGAGGGGUCUCUGGAGGCGUUGAUAGCGACGAGCGGCGCGUUAGCCGAACACACAACGAGACGAUACACAAAGCAACUGCUAUGCGCUGUGAACGAACUGCACGCGCGGUCUAUAGCGCAUCGAGAUAUUAAAAGUGGCAAUAUAUUUCUUACAAAUGAAGGUCAUUGCUUGAAGCUGGGUGAUUUUGGAUGUGCGGUAAAGAUCCGAGCUAACACCACUGCGCCGGGGGAACUACAAGGAUUCGUCGGCACUCAAGCAUAUAUGGCUCCAGAAGUAUUCAUGAAAUCGUCGGGCCACGGACGGGCUGCUGACAUGUGGUCUCUGGGAUGCGUAGUCACUGAAAUGGCUUCUGGGAAGCGUCCGUUCUCCGAAUACGACAGCAACUACCAGAUUAUGUUCGUAGUGGGAAUGGGUGGAAGGCCUCACAUCCCUGACUCUCUUUCUAAAGAAGGGCAGGAGUUUUGUAUGACCUGUCUCACUCACGACCCCGAGAACAGACCGCGCGCUGAAGAACUUAAUUUGCAUCAUUUCCUGAUGGUAAAAUCAGACGAUGACUGUACCUGCGAAUCAGCACGACUCAUGAGAUGA